UCGGGUCUCUAGGUGCGAGCUGCCGGAGCUGCUCUGUGUGUCUGCCGUCGAGGGACAUCCUGCAGAGGGAUCAGACUGAGGCCGGAGCCGCUGCUGCUGCCCCUGAAUCAGCACUCAAAGCUGCUCCAGCAGACUCCUUCACCUCUAUUAAGGCCAGUGCACUGCUGCCUCCGACUCAGCUGAGAUGGCUCCCACUCUGGCCACAGCUUUCUCCCGCCGCUGGUGGAUGGCGGUGACAGCGGUCAUAGAGAACCUGCUCUUCUCUGCCGUGCUCCUCGGUUGGGGAUCCCUGCUCAUCAUGCUCAAAUCUGAGGGCUUCUACUCGUACUUGUGUAAAGAACAAGGAAACAUAUCCAGCCUAAACUUCACAAAUACAUCCACUCCGGCUGAAGAGUACCUGGAAAUGAAAGGCUGGUCCAUCUGCAAGGACCAGGAUGAGAUGCUGAACCUGGCCUUCACUGUGGGUUCCUUCCUGCUGUCAGCCAUCACUCUGCCCAUGGGCAUCGUCAUGGACAAAUAUGGACCACGGAAACUGAGACUUCUGGGCAGUGCCUGCUUUGCCUUUUCCUGCCUCCUCAUCGCCUACGGAUCCAGUGAUCCAAACAAUCUGUCCAUACUGAUCUUCUUUGCUUUGGCGCUGAACGGGUUUGGAGGCAUGUGCAUGACCUUCACUUCUCUGACGCUCCCCAGCAUGUUUGGAGACCUGAGGUCGACCUUCAUCGCCCUGAUGAUCGGAUCCUACGCCUCCUCCGCUGUCACCUUCCCUGGUAUUAAGGUGAUCUAUGAUCUGGGUGCCACCUUCGUCUCCAUCCUAGUGGUUUGGGCCGGCUGUGCCUGCCUCGUCUUCCUCAACUGCUUCAUCAACUGGCCUCUGGAGCCCUUCCCUGGCCCAGAGGACAUGGAUUACACGGUGAAGAUCAAGUUCAGCUGGCUGGGCUUCGACCACAAGAUCACCGGGAAGCAGUUUUAUCGGCAGGUAACCACCGUGGGUCGCCGCCUCAGUGUCGGCAACUCCAUGAAGCAGCAGCACCACCAGCCCAAAGACCUGGCCACGCAGGAAGGCAACAAGCUGUGUCUAUCCACCGUGGACCUGGAGGUGAAGUGCAAGUCCGAGCUGGAGACUCAGACUUUCAUGAAAAGUAUCUUCAGUCCAAUCUUCAUGCUGAGCCUCAUCACCAUGUGCGUGACCCAGCUACGCCUCAUCUUCUACAUGGGCGCCAUGAACACCAUCUUGGAUUCCCUGACCGAGGGGGACCUGAGCAAAGUGAGUGUUUACACGUCCAUCUUCGGUGUGCUCCAGCUUUUGUGUCUGAUCACCUCUCCUGUGAUUGGCUACGUCAUGGACUGGAAACUCAAAGACUGUGAGGACGACAGUGACAAGUUAGCCAAGAGGGAGCCUGGUGAGCCCCGCCGCCCUGACAAAUAUAUACAGAAGAUUGUCAACGCCACCAGAGCCUUCAUUUUCACCAACCUGCUCCUGGUUUGCUUUGGAUUCACCUGCAUUGUCCCCAACCUGCCCCUUCAGAUUCUGUCGUUCGUCCUGCACACGAUCGUCAGAGGCUUCAUCCACUCAGCAGUCGGAGGCCUCUACGCUGCUGUGUACCCAUCCUCUCAGUUUGGCAGCCUGACAGGUAUGCAGUCUCUGAUCAGCGCUCUGUUCGCCCUGCUCCAGCAGCCUCUCUUCAUGGCCAUGGUGGGACCCCUGGAAGGAGACCCUCUAUGGGUGAACGUGGGCCUAUUGGUGCUGAGUCUGCUGGGCUUCUGCCUGCCCCUCUACCUGUUGUGCCACAGCCGUCACCUCCAGCGCCUCAGAGACGAAUGCGAGGAGGAUCCCAAGAUCUACGUCAAGAUUAACAAUGGCAGCAAGCCCGAGGCCUUCGUCUAGACUGGGAGAAAGAAUGGAGAGAGUUCAUACACCAAAAAGAGACAGACCGAGAGAGGAAGAAGAGAGGGAGGGAACGGUGGAGGUUGUCAUAGCCUGGGUGACACUUGUGAAAAAUACACGCUGUCUCUCCCUUAUAACCCCCCCCCACACA